UCGGGAUUCAAGAAGGAACCAUUCUCUUCUGAAACUGACCGACCCACCAAAGAAGGGAAGGGCUGAAUAAUCUCCGGACUGCGUUGGUACAAACUACGAAAGGGACUGUUCCUCCUAAUCUGUAAUUUGGGAGGAGAGAGAGAGAGAGAGAGAGUACUCUGAACUGUUCUUUUACGAGAGAAAGGGGGAAGGGGGAAAGGAUACGGUAAAGAAGAAGGAUGGAGAUGAGCCUGAUACAUUCGAGUUGCAGGAACCUCCAGUUUUGUUGUUCUAAGUUUAUCCAGUUUCGAUUUGAGGGAGGAGGGGGUCGGAGUUCACUCAUCUCUCCCCUCUUCACAAAAGUCGGUUCCUUCCACAGUUUGCAGACGACGACGACCUCAAUUUCCACAGAAACUACUACGUCGAUGCUCCGAAGACCUGCAACUAAGAAGAUAAGCUCCAGCCUCCGGGAUCAACAUGAAAUUUCCGGUACAACCGCAAAUGUUGUUGAGCUUGAUCCAUCGCUCCCGGUAAAGAAGAAGGCAAUUCAGAUUCUUCCCGAAUUGAAAGGCACUUCAAUAUUUCUUGUUGGUAUAAACAACAUCAUGAAAUACAGCCUUGGGAAACUUUUAUCUGACGCAUUGAGAUAUUACUAUUUUGACAGUGACAGUUUAGUUGAGCAAGCUGCUGGUGGGGAAUCCUCUGCCAAAUCAUUCAAAGAGAGGGAUGAAGAAGGAUUUCGGAAUUCUGAGACUGAAGUGCUGAAGCAGUUGUCAUCCAUGGGUCGCCUGGUGGUUUGUGCUGGGGACGGUGCAGUUCAGAGUUCCACCAAUUUGGCAUUUCUGAGACAUGGGAUAUCAAUUUGGGUUGACAUCCCGCUUGAUUUGGUGGCUAGAGAAGUGACGGAAAACGCUUCUUCAGAGAUACUAGCAAACCUAACAAAGCUGUACGAGGAAAUGAGAGAGGGAUACGCUACAGCAGAUGCAACAGUGUCUCUCCAAACAGAAGUAGCUUCUCAACUAGGUUAUGAUAAUAUGGCUGCGGUCACUGUGGAAGACAUGGCCAUGGAGGUUCUCAGGGAAAUAGAGAAAUUGACAAGAAUGAAAAAGAUGAUGGAAGCUGCGGGAAGGCCAUUUUAGCCGGAGCAAAGCUUUUCAAGAGCCAUGUUUUCAUCACCACCAACAAUUUCCAGAGUUGUCCUCACCAAACCUUCUGGGAAACCCAUCUCUACUAGCUUCUUUACCUGUAACCAAGAGAAAACUUCUCAGGCUCUAGUUGAACAAGAAGUUAGAUCAUGUAAGUUAUAUUAAUACUUGAAACACAGAAUUUAGGAUAAAUCAGAUCUUUUUAUUACCUUUUCUUCA